AUGUCGACGACAACCACAACCAAGACGGCCGCCGAGAGUGAGCCAAUCACGCUGACUCUGGCGUAUGACAAGGAGAUACACGAAGAAUACAAUUACGCGGCCUACCUGCCCGUCUACGAUGAAAAGACGCACUUCCCUCCGCUGCAGCCGUUCAAGUUCCACGACCGCGGGCUGGCGGCGGCCAAGGACAAGCCCAGCCUACUGUCUAAGAGCAACCCCGACCUCCAGGUCAGCAAGCUGACGCCCGUCAUCGGCACCGAGAUCCGCGGGCUGCAGCUGUCGAAGCUCGACGACCGCCAGAAGGACGAGCUGGCCCUGCUCAUUGCCGAGCGCGGCGUCGUCGUCUUCCGCGGCCAGGACUUCAAGGACAUUGGCAUCGACAGGCAAAAGGCCUUUGGCCGCUACUUUGGGCCGCUGCACAUUCAUCCCGUCGGCGCCCACGUCAAGGACCACCUGGAGCUGCACAACAUCUACCUGGGCCCGGACAACGAGUACCGCAACAAGCGGCGGUCGAGCCGGCUGACGACGGUCGGCUACCACUCGGACGUGUCGUACGAGCACCAGCCGCCGGGCAUCACCAUCCUCACGCUCCUAUCAGUGCCGCCGACGGGCGGCGACACGGGCUGGACGUCGCAGACGGCCGCGUACGCGCGCCUGUCGCCGCCGAUCCGCACGCUGCUCGAGGGCCUGCGUGCCGAGCACAGCGGCGUCCCGCAGGCCGACGGCGCCCGCCGCGACGGCAAGUUCGUCCGCCGCGAGCCUGUGUCGUCUGAUCACCCCGUCGUCCGCGUCCACCCGGCCACCGGCCAGAAGGCCCUAUUCGUCAACCCGGGCUUCACGAAGCGCAUCGUUGGGCUGCGCGACGAGGAGUCGGACGCGUUGCUCAAGCUGCUGUUUAGCCACAUCUCGCUCGGCCAGGACUUCCAGGUUCGCGUGCGCUGGGAGGAGGGCACCGUCGCACUGUGGGACAACCGCGUCACAGCCCACACGGCCAUCUCCGACUACAACGUGCACAACCCCCAGGAGGGCCUGCGCCACGGCUUCCGCAUCACCACGCUGGCCGACCGGCCCACGGGCGUCGACGGGCUCGAGUCCACUUGGGAGUGA